GUCAGGCCGGUCCUCUCUAGGCGCUUGUACUCCCUGGUGCUCACCUUUCCCCGCUGCCUCUCUCCCAAGUCCGCAGCUGGGUCACAGGUAGCUCCGGGGAUCGCUUGUCCUCGUUCUUCGCAGAGGCUCGCCGGACCUUGGCGAGGGGCCCGUCCGUUGAGAGAGAAGAGGAGGAAGCAACCGGAGGAAGAGAAGAGGAGAGAAGCAAUUUCUGUACAUUUAUUUCGUGCAGAAUGAGCCCAGGCAACUGCAUGUGAGCUCUUUGGUGCCUGAAAGCCUUCAUCUCCUUGCAUCUGUAACAUGCACGAGAAUCAGGUUAAGAGCUAAGAAAAUGAACUGAGAGUUGUUUCAACAAAGUGGCUAUAAAUGAAUAGGAGUGCUCUAAUGGAUGAUGGGGAACCUCCUCCAAAUGACCUGCAGGUUAAUGUGCAAGACCUGGUUCAUGCCGACACGCAUGUGAAAAACACUUCUUCACCAGAUGAAAAUGAGAACCCACUGAAUGGCAGCAAGCAUGAAGUCCUGAAAAGCAGGGACAAAGUGAUGGGAAUAGUCGAGCAAGACAGCAUCAAUAAUAAUGAAGGAGAGGACAAUGGUGUCUGUGCAUCCCUGCAUUUACAAUCCUUAAGUGAUAACCUGAUCAGGAGUUCCAGUGCAGAUGAAAUGCUCAUUCCAGAAAUAUGCAUCCCUGAAAACAGGAGUUCAAGAAAAACAAAAAGCUGCAUCCAGAAAGUGGCAAAGCAAAAGAAGAUAGAUGUUACAACAACAGGUCGUAUGCAGGAGGAGGAUGGAGAUAAAACAAAUGCAAUUUGUUCCCAAAAGGAUGCAACACAAACUCUGCAGACUCUCAUCUCUCUUCUUCGAGAAACAUUUGAACAGAUGGAUUCAAGAGUGUUGCCCCUGUGUCUCCAUCAGAUUGCUGAAACCUAUUUUCAGGAUGGAGAAUAUGAGAAGGCCAUGAAGUUCAUUCAGCUUGAACAAUUAUACCAUGAACAACUACUUGCAAAUCUUUCCUCCAUUCAGCAGCAGUGGGAAAAAAAAUGGAAAGCAACUGCAUUCGGUGAGGUUCCAGGUCUAAAAAAUUCUGCUGAAGGUCUGAAUAAUGAAGAGUUAGACAAACUUGCUGAACUUUGCACAUCACAUCAAGAGCCAUUUGUCUCUCAAAGCAAGUUAAUAAGUGAAGAAAAGUCCUGGACUCACAAUAGUUUCAUAGGUUUAAUGCGAUCUGAAGAAUCAAAAGACAAAGGUGCUGCAACAUGUGAUUCAGACACUGAAACUUGGGCUGGCAUUGGAGCAAGGCCAGAACAUCAUCACGCCGAGAGAGAGAGGAGAGAGAGCUUUCAGCCUGACAACCGGCAUACACUUAGCAAGAGGGCAAGGCUUCAGCUAGCUGUAAGGAAGGACCACAUGGAGGAGGAGCACUGCAGUGCUGAGUCAAGACUAGAAUCUCCCACCCAAUCCCCAGGGGCACUGGGCAUGCUUCGCUCUGGCUGUUUGUCUUCUAGGAAUGCCAGUGAAGAUAAUAGUUGGCAGAUGAAAGAAGAACAGUUCUCUGAGGAUGUAUCAAAAAUAGAAGCAGCUGCUGAGGAGCCUGCAACAGAGUGCUCUAGUGAACCGAUGGUAGACACAUUAGCUUUGGCAGAUACUGAUUAUAUGCCUUGUGAUCUGAUUUCCACAGGUGACAAUGUUAAUUCUGACAGGAAUGUUCUCCAGUCGAACCACUGUCUUGGUUCCUGUGUGCUUUCCAGUGGGUAUCUGAGAAGCAGCACGUUAAAUCAGCAGCAGCCUGUGCACAAAAAUGAGAGGAAAUCUGUGCCAUGUAGAACUUCGUCAGAUUUUGGUGAAGGUGUGUUCUCUGAAAGUAACAUACCUGAACAGGAGACUGUUGGAUAUGAAAGGAUACAGGAAACAACCGAACUGGAAGAAGAAAGUGAACGCGAAGGACCAGAAGACUUCUUUCAACAUUUCUUAAACAGUUGCACAAAAGACAGAGAAGAAUCGGUCAAAUACUUGGGAACUCUGGGGGAUUCUGAUACUCAUUCACAUAUUCCAAUUGAACAAGCCCUUUAUAGUUCAUUGGAAGGUUAUUCACUGGAGGAAAGCUUUUCUUCACUUGAUGAACUAGCAAAACGGAUUGAAAUUGCAGAGACUGCCCCUGCUGAGGGACUUGUGUCCAUAUUAAAGAAGAGAGAUGACAAUGAAAUCAAAGAUCUUGCUCAAAUCCAGCAGAGACAGUCAAAAAGAAGAGUGCGAUUCCAAGAAAUGGAAGAAACCUUAGAUCAAGAGGAAGUUGGAGGUGGUUCCUGUGUUCUGCUGGUCUUGUUGUGCAUAGCAACUGUAUUCCUUAGUGUAGGAGGAACUGCCCUCUACUGCACAUUUGGCGAUACUGAAUCUCCAGUAUGUACUGAUUUUGCAGCCAACGUGGACUUUUACUGUACCCAAAUAUUGCAGGGUAUAGAAGAACUUAAGCAUUGGAUCUCUCUCUCAUAAUACAAGUCAACAUUCACACCUUUCUGACAGCUAACAGUUGCUGAAGAGGGGAAAAAGAUGUUCCAGCUUCUUAUAACACUACAUCUUCAAACAGCUAAUAAUGCAAAAAGCACCUAUGUUGUAAGUAGGAGCUACUUUCUGGUACUUGGGAUUGUAUAAGUGGAGUGCACAUGAAAGCAUAAAGACUUAUAAACAGAAUGUCCUAAAGUUCAUUUUUAGAAACUGUUUAAACAGCCAGCGUUUCCUCAGUCUUGGGAAAUGAAGAAAGAAAAAUAACUAAUCACCUCCCACACAGUUUCAGAUUCUCACAUGAUCAUAUGCAAUAUAUGUAAGUUUAAUGCAAGACUGUUGGGUUGUUUUUUUCUGCUGUUUGUGCAAAGAUUUUUGUCUCCAAUUCUCUCAUGCAAUAAGGCAAUGCUAUAGGGGCAUGUACCUUAUUUUUUGUUGAAGUCUUCAUGUCUUCCUUGAUUUUUGUCCUAGCGAAUUUUGUAACUUGAUUGGAGUAGUGUCGUGGGAAUCAGAGCCCUCAAUCUAAGUGUUAUAACUGCCUUGCGUUCAUUAUGUAGCAGCUGUAAUGGAUAAUGCAUCUAUCACUUUAUAUAGUGUUGACAAAUUAUGUGGUCUUUUAAGUCAUAGACUCCUUAAAACAUUUUGCAAACUAAGCCUCAUACAGUGACAAAUGAGGGCCACGAUUGGCUGCAGCUCCCAGUGGAACAUGUCCCAAUUGGCAAGCCUCAUUUUCCUCAGUGUAACAAGAGGAAUAAGCAGUGGUCAGUACCAAAACUAUCAUUAGUAUUUCCAAAUUGGAUAGCCUCAAACUGUUUGGGUCACCAGAAGCAAAAAGGAGUAGGAGCUGGGAUAUGUGAUUAUGGGUCAGAUUUCUACUGGUGUAAAUUAUGAUGGGAAAGCUGGGCUGAAAAAUGAAACAUUUAUUAAAGAUAUAACUAGUCAGUUGAAAGCCCAAGAUACAUGGCCCCAAGAGAACCAGCAUGGUGUAGUGGUUAGGAGCAGGUGGACACUAAACUGCAGAACCGGGUUUGAUUCCCCAUUCCUCCAUAUGAACGGUGGACUCUUAUCUGGUGAACUGGAUGUGU